GCUUUUGUCCGUUGUUCCAUAUUCCUUUUUCUCAUCCUCUUCCUUAGAUUUCUUCCUCGUACAAUGGACAGAAACAUGGUUUCCGAUGGAGAAGGAGGGUUUCUGUGCAAAACCCUAUAUUCAUUCUAAGAAUGCACUCUCAAUUUAUCUAAUACACUGCUUUUUUCACCCCAUUCUUUGACGAUAUGGAGUUUGAAGAUGACGAGGAGGGAGAACCCGAGGGAGACGGUAUGAGGACGAAGAGGAGGGUAUACUUUCCAUCUUUCUCUUUUUGCUUUUCUGUUUUAGAGUUAGGUACAGAUGCUGUGAUUUUGAGUUGUCACUUGUAAUAGUUGGAUCAAUUUCCUAGCUAGAUUAAUUUUUAUGAAACCCAAGUUUUUUGUUUUUUGCAAAAAUCAAUUAUAGGUUCAUGUUUAGUAAAUUCUGAAGAGAGUGAAGAAGAAGAGGCAGAAAGUAGUAGAUUAUGCUCAAACAUCCUGAAGAAGAUUUGGAAUAAACUUGUACGGUUUGAGAGACAUUUGGGCAUUGGUUCUUCCUCUCCUCAGCCACCUCAGUCACCAUCCAAGCCUUAACCUUUCCUUGAGUUCUCUCCUUUUGGAUUGCAGGGAGCUUCUCAGCAAGUUUAGCCAGGCCCAGAUCAAGCACAUUUAUAUGUAGGGAGUCUACUAUGUGUGCUGAUCAUCUAUCCAAGAUUGGCCACUUCAUAUCUUUGGAUAUUGUUGUUUUUGAUGUUUUCUCCUCGGGCCCUUGCAGUUAAAAGACUGAGGACUUCCUGGGACAACUUUGAGUUCUGUUGAAAUUUUUUGAAGAAAAGGAAGGAUAGGAUGUUGAGUGGCAGAAAUACCCACUGGUGUUACAGAUGAAGACAGCCAGUUUGUCUUAAACGGCGCAAUUCAAGAAUUCCCUCAGGAGCAGUAAUUUCAGUACUAAUUCUAGUGGUAGUGAUAAUGGUAGGGAGAGUCAAGGAGACAUAUCCAUGUUCUUAUUUAUGGGUAUGGUUAUGGCUACCAAUAAUAAUUUUAUUGUCAU